AUGUUACUGAUAUACUCCACAGAGAUAGAAGUCAGGAGAAGCCCCUACCCCCACCACCACCUGCUCCCCCCGAGCAGCGGAGCAGCGCCUUCGAGACGUACCGCAAACCAACAACCUCAUCUCCUCCAAGCCCCAGCAAACCUGCCGCCAACAUGGCGAGGAUCAUCUCCGAGAGCGUCAAGAAGGGACCCACUACCCGACCUCCCCUCCCUCUCUCCCCCCUCCUCCUCCUCCCCCUCCUCUACUUCCUCAAACAACACCCCCACCAUCAAACAACCCCCUCCACCACUCCCUCCCCCUCCAAACUUCAACUCUUACAAUGGGAAAGCUGCUGAUAACAACAAACACCAAAGCGAGGCUAAGGAUAAUCAGAAUGAGGCUAAGGGCAAUGGGAAUGAGGCUAGAGAUAUUGAGAGUGAGGCUAGUGUGAAUGAAAGCGAGGCUAACUCAGAUAAGUCAGGUGACACGGAUGGUGGUGGUACGUCGGACAGCGUUUCCACCCCGGAAACGGUAAUAUUGGGAAGUGACUUCCACCAAGACGUAGAUGAGAGGCACACAGUUGUGGCCACGGCGCGGGGAGUCUUUGAUGCUGACGCGGGGGUCCUGGAGUCCAGGGAAACAGGUGUGAGUAUUGUGAUACCCAAAGGAGCAAUUCAUGAAGGCAUUAAACAGGAGAUCUACUUCAAGGUGUGUCGAGACAACAGCAUACUGCCGCCCCUGGACAAAGACAAAGGCGAGACUCUCCUCAGCCCCUUGGUCAUGUGCGGGCCUCACGGACUCAAGUUCAACACCCCUGUGGAGCUGAGACUCCCCCACUGUGCCUCCGUCAACCCAGAGAGUUGGUCCUUCGCUCUCAAGUCCAGCGACUCACCUUCAGGUCAGCCGACCAAGUGGCAGAACAUGUCACUGGCGGGCAUGGAGGGCGUCACGCAGGGCCACGUCAGCAAGAACAGCGUAUCAGUACUUGUAGACCACUUCUGACAGAUCAAGCCAUCAAACAGCAUUCUCACUUGACUGCCAACAGCAGAAAACUGUGUCUCAUGCUAUAGUGCUCUCAUGGAUUCAGUCUCUACAGAAACAGUGGACCAGUGUGUCUGAAGACACGUUAUAGCUUGUGUGUCUGUGGA